UGCGUUUGGUAGCCGAAUGGUCCCGGAAGCUGUACUUAGGCGCGCGCUCCUAAACAACACUGUGGGUCUGAGGCCCGGAUUCUGUGAUCUGACAGCAACCGACCUGAUCCCCUCACUCAGUAAAGGCCUAUGGGCUUUGACGCUUCGGUCCAGUUCGACAGUCUCAUCCCUGAAAUGGGUAAAAUAGCGCCUCCAUAGGUCCCUCCAGUGAGCGCGCGUCCUCCAGCAGUUCCUUCUCACCUGGGGAGCGCUAAACACGCCAGACCAGCGCUGCGGCUGGGUGGCACCAAGGCGAAACCUGCCUCGUUCUGGGUUCCCUCUCCCAGCGCCAGGCGCUCUUCAUCCUCUUGCUAAGGAGAGACGACCAUCCCGAGACCCUUCAGGUUUCCAACGCAGCUCCUUCACAAGUCGCGCUCCUUGUGUAUCCUUUUAAGACAGAGUGCAAGCCGGGCUCGGUGGCGCUGCCUGACAUCCCAGCACUCGGGAGGCAGAGGCAAGAGGAUCUCGAGUUCGAGGACAGCUAGGCUAGUUAGGAAGUCUCACAGAGGGACUUCUGUGAUUUGGAGGCCAGCCUGGUCCACAGAUUGACUUCAAGACCAGCCCAGGCUGCCAAGAUCUCUACCUAGGGGAGCUGGAAUCAAACUGGAACUCUGACUGGAACCCUGAGCGAGCUUUGCCAGGGGGAAAGAGAAUGUCUGCAUUGUUACAUCAGAGAUCAGCCUUCAGAAGACUUAGGCCAAGUGGCAUAUCUCGCUGCAAAUGAGCAUGCCUGUCUCUGUGCUGUUUGAUCGUCACAAACUAAUGAAACACACUUUAGGUCUUAUGGACUCAGGUUCCACUCUUCCCCAGGUGCCCUGGCAGCUGGUACAGGGACUGUGAACAAUGGAACCAAACUCUCAGAGGACUAAAGUCCCAGCUUUCUUAUCUGACUUGGGGAAGGCCACAUUGAGGGGAAUCAGGAAGUGUCCCCGAUGUGGUACGUACAAUGGAACUCGUGGGUUGAGCUGUAAGAACAAGACAUGCGGAACCAUAUUUCGCUAUGGUGCCCGGAAGCAGCCUAGUAUUGAAGCGGUCAAAAUCAUCACAGGCUCUGAUCUACAGGUCUACUCUGUGCGGCAAAGAGACCGGGGCCCAGACUACCGAUGCUUUGUGGAGCUAGGUGUUUCAGAGACGACAAUCCAGACAGUGGAUGGGACAAUCAUCACUCAGCUGAGCUCUGGCCGGUGUUAUGUCCCCUCCUGUUUGAAAGCUGCCACUCAAGGCAUGGUGGAAAACCAGUGCCAGCACAUCAAGCUAGCAGUUAACUGCCAGGCAGAGGCUACCCCUCUGACUCUGAAGAGUUCAGUCUUGAAUGCUAUGCAGGCCUCCCCAGAAACCAAACAGACCAUCUGGCAAUUGGCCACAGAACCUACGGGUCCCCUGGUACAGAGAGUCACUAAAAACAUCAUGGUAGUGAAAUGCAAGGCGAGCCAAAAGCACAGCUUGGGCUAUUUGCACACGUCCUUCACGCAGAAAAUCAGCUCCAGAAGCUUGCCAGAGCGCCGCUUCUUCUGCUCCUGCCAGACUCUGAAGUCACACAAGUCCAGCGUCCCCAAGGCUGAGGCAGCCCCGAGGUGCAUCCACUUCUUUGCCUGCCUCUGUGCCUUUGCCAGUGAUGAAACAUUGGCCCAGGAAUUCUCGGACUUCCUAAAUUUUGAUGCCAGCGGUCUUAAAGAACUAAUUGUGCCCCAGUUAGGCUGCCAUUCAGAAUCAUCGGUCUCAGCUUGUGAAUCUGCUGCCCCUAAGCCACGGAAGAGGAAGAAGGAGGAAGUGUCUGGUUCACAGGUGAACAGCUCAUUGAUGCCUCAAGACCCAUUGAACAGCAGUGUAAGGAAGAGUGGCCUGAAGAAGCCUGUGGUUGCCGCUUCACUAAAAAGACAGGUCUGUGGUCAGCUGUUAGAUGAGGCACAAGUGACCUUGUCCUUCCAGGAUUGGCUGGCCAGUGUCACAGAGCGUAUCCAUCAAACCAUGCACUAUCAGUUUGAUGGCAAACCAGAGCCUCUGGUGUUCCACAUUCCUCAGUCCUUUUUUGAUGCCUUGCAACAGAGAAUAUCCAUAGGAAGUGCAAAAAAGCGGCUCCCCAACUCCACCACAGCUUUUGUCCGGAAAGAUGCCUUGCCACUGGGAACCUUUUCCAAAUACACCUGGCAUAUCACUAACAUUCUGCAAGUUAAACAAAUUUUAGACACCCCAGAGAUGCCCCUGGAAAUCACACGUAGCUUUAUCCAGAACCGGGAUGGGACUUACGAGCUGUUUAAAUGCCCUAAAGUGGAAGUAGAGAGCAUAGCAGAGACCUAUGGCCGAAUAGAGAAGCAGCCAGUGCUGAGACCUUUGGAGCUGAAAACCUUCCUCAAAGUUGGUAACACUUCCCCAGAUCAGAAGGAGCCAACACCCUUUAUUAUUGAGUGGAUCCCAGACAUCCUUCCACAAUCCAAGAUUGGUGAGCUUCGAAUCAAGUUUGAGUAUGGUCACCACCGGAAUGGACAUGUGGCUGACUACCAAGACCCAAGGCCACCCCUGGACCAGCCUUUGGAGCUGGCCUCUCUGACCACUGUCACUUUCCCUUGAGGCAAAUCGUGUUAUUUUGCGGAGUUUGCACAUCCCCACCCCUGACCACUGUAAAGUCUAGUAGCACUUAAUACGGCCUGCUAAUAAACUGCACUUGGCGAAGGUGCAGCAGCCCAGAGCAUCCAUGUGGGUUCUGUAGGAGAACUCUUGUACACAGCCUUGUUGGCACUGCUGUGUAGUCUUCAUUGUAAACUAGGCACUUAUUUCUGACCAAGGCCAGGUCAUUAGUGUUCUCAUGGAGUCACCUGCAGCUCCAAUUUUCUGUAGUUCUCAAAGAAGUUGGCAGCUCGGGAACUUAGCAGUAUGAAAAGACAAUGAUGCCCUGGGCAGAGCAGAAGAAUCUGCCUGAGCUCCAGUUCUCUGUCCUGAUGGCAAAUAAAGUAGUGUCACUAGUUUCCAAACGGU